UUCUUUAUUUUAUUUAUACAUUCACCUCGUGUCUGUAAACAUGUCAGCCGCCUUGCUCGGCACGAAGUUUAUUCGGCAAAUUGGCAGCUUAUGGACGUAUUCAAGAAUAACAUGUUAUCGUUUUCACCAGAAAAGGUGUUUACAAGAAGCUGUUUCCAUACCAGAACCAGCCUUUGAGCAAGAUAAGCAGGGAAAUUUAGUUGCACCAGUUGCUCGUGCAUUUCCAAGAGGACUUGAUAUUGACCCAGAAGUAUUGUCUCAGUACCAGGAAGAUCCGACACGUUAUUCAAAAACACAUGCUGGACUUAUGCAUCCCGAUAAAGUACCAUACCUACCAGAACAUUUGGUGAAAAAUGCACGUGCUGUGCUUGUAGAAAAUGACCUGAUCAGUCAUUCUAAAUUCAAAGACGAUGUGAAGCAUUUGCAAGAGGUGUAUUGGAGGAGACAACCCCCCAUUUCUGAGAGUUUCAAACAAGAGAAAAUACAGGAGCUGAAAGAGAAGCAUUUGGCUGAGGAGAUUGAGAGAGAAAAUAUCAAUUUUGAAGAGUUACAUGAAGGAAUAAAAGAAAGGCUGCUACAUAGAGUGGGCAGUGUAUCUAAUAAAGUGUUCAAGAAAACUUCACACAUGUGGAAACCUAUAGAUUACAGAGAUCAUACUGGAUUGGUCUAUUUAGCAGCAAGGCUAGCACCAAAUUAUACAGUGUUAUAUCGUAUAUUUUAUGAGAUUCACAAACUGGACAGUAGUUUUAAUCCAGGAGCUGUUCUCAAUGUUGGCUCUGGUACUGGUUCAGCUGUAUGGGCUGCCAAUGAAAUAUGGGCUAGGAAAGUGUAUGAAUAUUACAAUGUGGACAUUUCAAACUAUAUGAAUGAUUUAGCAAGGAAAUUAUUAGCUAAAGAUAUAGUGAAUCCCCUGGAUCUUGUAAUACCAGGCGUGCAUUUCCGACAGUCACUGCCCUCCCCACAGCAUAUAGAGAACAGAUUUCCAUUGGUUGUAAGUGCAUAUUUACUGAUGGAACAACCCAGCAUGAUUGAAAGGCUAAAUCUGGUCACUUUACUGUGGGAGUUGACCGAGGACUAUUUGGUUUUUGUGGAACAUGGAACCACUGCUGGGUACCGGCUUAUACUGGAAGCAAGAGAACUGAUCUUUAAGCUGAGAGAUAGGUAUCCAGAUUUAGAUGGCCAUGUAUUUUCUCCAUGUACCCAUGAUAUGGUUUGCCCAAAGUUAUACUUAAAGAACUCACCUUGCACAUUCCCUUUGGAGUAUAGAAUAUUUAAUAUCGGUAAAGAAUAUGGUCAAGGUUACACAAAGGCAACUGAAAGAUAUUCCUAUGUUGUGCUGAAGAAAGGAAAAAAGCAGGAAGGUAAAAGAUACCCAAGACUGACCAAUGUUCUACACAAGUCAGCACACAGUCCCUGUACAAUGUGCUGUCCAGAUGGAACCCUCAGACAGUUUGUUGUUACUCGAAAAAGACCAUCUGUUGCAUUACACAAGUGUACGAAGCGGUGUUCACCAGGGGAUUUCAUUCCUUUCUCAUGGCCAGAUACGUCAACACAGAUCAGUGAUAAUGUGAAUAAUGAAAGUAGAAAACAGAAAAAUAAUGACAAAAAUCUAAAAAAUGUGGAAAAUGACAUAAACAUUGAAGAAAAUUUGAAAUAAAAUCAUUUGUAAAAGGUG